AUGUCAACUACAGAUAAAACAAGUAGCUCACAUUCCAAGUCAUUAAAGAUCAUUGGUGAUGAGAUAUGGAAGAAUAAAACAGAAAAGAUAAACGCAGAAUUAUUUGCAAUGACUUAUGGGUCAAUUGUAUCUCAACUAUGUCAAGAUUUCCAAAGAGAUUACAAAAAAGUAAAUGACCAAUUAUUUACUAUGGGUUAUAAUAUUGGUGUUAGAUUAAUUGAAGACUUUUUAGCUAGAACUGCUAUGCCAAGAUGUGAAGAUAUGGUGAGAACGGCAGAAGUUAUAAGUAAAUGUGCAUUUAAAAUAUUUCUGAACAUAAGUCCUCAAGUCAGCAAUUGGUCACCAAAUAAAGAAGCCUUCUCAUUGAUCUUCCCUGAAAACCCACUGAGCGAGUUUGUAGAGUUACCAAUGGAUGCUACAAAAGAUUUAUGGUAUUCUAACAUUCUAUGUGGUGUUAUGAAGGGUGCAUUAGAAAUGGUACAAUUAGAUUGUGAUGUAUAUUUUGUUUCAGAUGUCUUAAGAUCUGAACAACAGACCGAAAUAAGAGUUAAAUUAAAUAAGGUAUUGAGAGAUGAAAUACCAAUUGGAGAAGACUAG